UUCAACAAUAAAUAGCAGCUGAUUCAUCUUGAUUCAAUGUCACAAGUUUAAAUAAAGUUAUCUCUUUGCAUGACACAAGGCAGCAGUAGUCUUGCAGAAUGGCAGCUUGUGACAAGCAGGAUGCAGGUGAGCAGCCAGUGAAGACACUGGUUGAAGCGAUAUGCCACAAGUAUAUUGAUGACAUGGAGGUUGAGGUUGAUGUCCAUGUAUUUGUGCCCAAAAGAGGCCCUGCAAAAAUAUCAGAAUCAGGAGACCUCAUCCUUCCUCGGAACCUUCACCUGACGGACUGUGAUGUGGGCUUGGCCGGAGACUGUGAUGAGCUAAGCAGGAUGUGUCAGGGUGUGUGUGAACUGGACCUGAUGCAGAACAAGAUCACACAGUGGACAGAGGUCUUUAAAGUUAUCAAGGAAAUACCCAACUUGACAUUUCUGAACUUGACCUCUAACCCCCUGUCCUUUUGUGAGGAGCUGGUUGACCCUGACCUUGUGUUCCCGGGGGUGAAACAGCUGGUUCUGAACCACACCCACAUCGACUGGGGCAGCCUUGUUCACAUCCUCCAAGUUUUCCCUGGCCUGACGGAGCUGCACCUGAGCCUGAAUGACUACACCGUCCUCAUCAACAUCCCCGACGACUUCUCCUACCCUUCUCUACACAAGCUCCACUUCAACGGCAACAACGUCACAGACUGGUCCCAGAUAAAACAACUGGGCCACACUUUUACCCAGCUGAAGAACCUGGUCUUGACGACCUGUGAGCUGACAUCACUGGGAGACAAGGAGGAAAUCGCUGCAGCCUUCCCCCACCUGUGUGUGUUGAACAUCAACAAGACAUGCAUCAGCAAGUGGGAGGAGAUUGACAAACUAAGACUGUUCCCAGCUCUGACCGAUGUCCGAGUGGUCGGCAUCCCACUGUUUGAGGGUAUUCCCGACAAGAAGCGGCGUCAGCUAAUGAUAGCACGGACCCCCAACGUUGUGUAUCUGAAUGGAAGCAUUGUGCCUGCCCAGGAGAGGGAGGAUGCAGAGAGAGCCUUUGUGAGACACUACAUGGAUGGCGAUAACAAGCCAACACGAUAUGAUGAACUUGAAGCUCGCUACGGCAAACUCGACGCUCUAGUAAACAUAGACAUGAAACCUCCAAGUUCCUGUAAAGUGACUGUGAUCUUAGAUGACAGGCAAGAAGAAAUGGACGUCUGUGUCAAUCAAACUGUAAAACAGUUCAAAAAGUUCCUGACAAACUUUGUAGGCCAACCUCCGGCCAAAUGGGUUCUUUUCUACCACGAAACAGAGCUCAAUUUUGGGCCAAGACGCAUGGUGUACCCUAAUCGAAAACUGUAUGCAUAUAAUGUUAGUGAUGGAGAUGAAUUUAUCAUUAUGAUGAAAUCAUAAUAUUGGUGAUAAUAUACACCCCAAAAUUGUAACCCAUGUAUGGAGUAUAACUUCACUACCCAACAACGCGACAUCCUAUUGUUGAAAUAUUUCCCUACCCAGGUGUACGUUACGUAAACCUUACAGGGCUAUUUAAAUUUUGCUUUGAAGUUUCAAGAUACUAAUUGGAAAUUUCAACUUAUUUUCUUGAAAUUUCAACUUAGUAAUUUCAAGAUAAUUACCGUCCUCGGUAUAUUUUUAAAUAGUUUACAUUUUCCAUUAGUUCAUAAUAUUAACUUAUUUUUUUGGGGUAACAUUCACAGUUUUU